UCCUGCGCCACAGGGCGAGUCUCUGGAACUCUGCGUGUGAAAGCAGGCAGAAAGGAGGGGAGCUGAUCCGGGCGGAGGGGCCGCCAUUACCACCGGGGCAGCAAGAAAAGCCCACUUUCACCCACACCACCCCUGCGCUCGUGCGCGCUUCGGUUUGGGAAUUCCGGGGUUAUUCCACACCCAUGAAGCGCUUCUUCUGGGAUUGAUAUCGGAAUGUCGGCUCGCCGCAGAGGAUGAACCCAGCGCCUGUUUGUUCUGCCUACAACAACAAAGGACAUGAUGAUUGAUCAGGAGAAGCGUGGGACAGCCCGAGGAGGCGCGUGAGGCGAGGAUCUUCAACCCCGGCCCACACAUUCCCAUCAGAUCCAGCAGGAAUUAAUUCCGUUUAUGGAUUUUUUUUUUUGUGUGUGUGUGUGUGUGUGUGGAGGAAGCUCGAAAGAAAACCCGAACCUGUUUCUUUCUAUUUUAAACCCCAAGGACCUGCUUUUUUCCUCCUCCAGAAUCAGAUUAAACCAUUUAAAUAUUCCUUAUGCGAGAGUAUGUCAGGAAAAUAAAUAAUUGUUCAUGGUUUAAAAGUGUGUCAAAGAUCCAGAACCGGCUGAAAUCGUGAAUAAAGCCUGACGCCACCGGCCUGGACUCGGACGAGCAGCGGAUAGAACCGAAUCAUGAUGGAUGAACAUCAGUAAAGCACAAGUCCUCUGAAACAUUUUGAUAUUUACUGUCAAGCCACUCCCACCUGAUGAUUAUCUUUGUUUCUGUACCCUCCGUUCCAUAAUAUGGCCAAGAAACACACAACUGAAAUUAGUCUGAUGUAAAGCAAAAGAAAAACGCACUACAGCAGAUAUGAUUGGAUAAAUCUAUUUAUAAACGUGUCGAAAAGUCAAGCCUGUGUUAACCCUUAUGGCAUGACAAGAUGAGUGCCUGCAAAUGAUGAUGGCUAAAAAGCAAGAUUCACGGGUGCCAACCUACAACUUGGUUGUAGUUGGUCUGUCAGGCACUGAAAAAGAGAAGGGCCCAUGCGGAGUUGGCAAGUCUUGCCUGUGUAAUCGCUUUGUCCGCCCUAGUGCAGAUGAUUUUCACCUUGAUCACACAUCUGUGUUGAGUACCAGUGAUUUUGGUGGCCGAGUUGUCAACAAUGACCAUUUCCUGUUCUGGGGAGAGGUGGAGCGAGUCUUGGAGGAUGGCACUGAGUGUAGGAUGCAUGUGGUGGAGCAGACUGAGUUUAUUGAUGACCAGACCUUUCAACCACAUCGUAGCACAGCUUUACAGCCUUACAUCAAAAGAGCUGCCUCCACAAAACUGGCUUCUGCAGAAAAACUCAUGUACUUUUGUACAGACCAGUUGGGCCUGGAACAGGACUUUGAGCAAAAACAAAUGCCCGAGGGAAAACUGCAGGUAGACGGAUUUCUACUCUGUGUUGAUGUAAGUCGAGGGAUGAACCGCAGCUUUGACGAUCAAAUGAAGUUUGUUACCAACCUGUAUAAUCAUCUAGGUAAAACUAAGAAGCCUGUCGUGCUGGUUCUCACGAAGUGUGAUGAAGGAGUUGAACGAUACAUUAAGGACUCACAUACAUUUGCUAUCAACAAAAAGAACUUGCAAGUUGUUGAGACAUCAGCUCGAUCUAACGUCAAUGUAGACUUAGCUUUCCUUACUCUGAUUCAACUCAUUGAUAAGGGAAGGGGCAAGCAUAAGAUAAUACCUUAUUUUGAGGCAUUAAAACAUCAGAGUCAAAUCAUUGCCACCGCAAAGGACCGAUAUGAAUGGUUAGUGAACCACAUAGUGAAGAAUCACAACGAGACCUGGCCUGCUGUCAGCCGACGUAUGCAGCCAUCACCGGAAUACAAGGAAUAUGUCUUUUUAGAAGGUACAGCUAAAGCAAAAAAGCUUUUUCAGCAGCAUGUUCAUCGGCUUAAACAGGAGCACAUUGAGAGACGUCGUAAAGCAUAUUUAAGUGCUCUCCCACUGGCCUUGGGUUCCUUGGUGUCUGAAUUGGCUGAAAUUGAGCAUUUAAGCUGGUCUGGGGUACAGAAGGUACUGGAGUCCAAAAAGGACUUUGACCAUUGGUUUGUGGUGCUGGAGGAUGCACCAUGGGAGGACACGCCACAUCUUGACAAUAUGGAAGAUGACCGCAUACCCUUUGACGUGCUUGAUACAACUGCUGCAGAAAUCAUAUUCGAUGCACAUCUUGAACAUUUGCGAAACGAGUGCAAGCGUGCCGAGAUGCGACAUGAAUUUAAGAUGAAGCUGGCAUCCUCACCCUUUGUCACCCCUGGCAAGCCAUGGGAAGAGGCACGAAGCUUCAUAAUGAAUGAAGACUUCUAUCAGUGGUUGGAGGAGCCAGAAUACUUGGAUAUCUAUAAUAGGCACCAAAAGGUGAUCAUAGACAGAGCAAAGGAGGAUUUCCAGGAACUACUGCUGGAGUAUUCUGAGCUUUUUUAUGAACUUGAAGUGGAUGCUAAACCCAGUAAAGAAAAAAUGGGGGCAAUUCAGGAAGCACUGGGAGAAGAGCAACGCUUCAAGGCAUUACAGAAACUGCAGGCAGAAAGAGAUGCCUUAGUAUUAAAGCACAUCCAUUUUGUUUAUCACCCAACCAAGGAUACUUGCCCAAGCUGCCCAUACUGUAUUGACAACAAGAUUGAGCAAAUAUUAGCCUCGUGCUUCCCUAUGCGUUAUCCUUCCUUUGGAAAGUCUCAUAUGCAUGAAAGCAAAGCAGAAAGGAUUAACUUGGUGAUUCUGGGCAAAGAUGGUUUAGCAAGAGAGUUGGCUAACGAGAUUCGGGCUAUGUGUGCCAACGAUGACUACUAUGUGCUUGAAGGCAAAAUAUAUGAGCUAAUACUCAGGCCUAUUGAGGGUAAUGUUAGGCUUCCUGUUAACUCCUUCCAUACAGCUACAUUCACACCUCAUGGGUGCCUGUGCUUGUACAAUUCCAAGGAAUCCUUGUCUUAUGUUCUAGAAAGUAUUGAGAAGUUGCGUGAGUCCACACUUGGCAGAAGGGAUAACCACAUAGCUCAGCUUCCUUUGUCUCUCUUGUUAGUCACUAAGCGAGGUGUAGGAGCUUUGAGCGACCUUGGUGGGGAGACAGCCCAAAUCUUAAUCACGCAGGGUCAGCAGGUAGCUAUAAAACUGCAGUGUGAGUUUUUAGAGCCGGCAUCCCCUGGCUCAGGCUAUGGGCGGAAUGUGAGCGAGAAACAGAUAAACCAAGUAUUAAAGGGUUUGUUGGAUACAAGAAGGAAUGCUGUGUUUCGUAGUGGUUCCCCAUCUUCACCCCCUUUGCCUCCAAGGAUCAGAGACAUGCAGCAGGACCAGAAUCCAGAGGCAGACUUGCGUAUUGUUAUGUGUCUAAUGUGUGGGGAUUCCUAUGAUGUAGACCAACUUCUUUCACCCUUUUUACUGCCUCAGCAUUGCAGGCCAACAAAUUCAAGUAGUAAUUCAGUGUUGCUUGAGCAAACAGUCGGCGACAACAGGUUAACAAUAGAGCUGUCCCUACUAUCAUAUCAUGCUUCUUUUACCAUGCGCAAGAAUCGGCUUGUGCAUGGGUACAUAGGUGUUUACUCUGCUCGCCGCAAAGCCUCAUUGGAAACCUUGUGUGCCUUACUCUGUGAGGUUCCAGACAUUGUUCCAGUCCAGCUGCUAGCUGUGGGAGAAACAGAGACGGAGCUUACAGACUCGGAGUCUGCACGAGAGCUGUUGGUCCAGGGUGAAGAACUGGCCCAUGAAAUUGAGGGCCGUUUUGCGAGUGUGGUCUGUGGACCAGGUGGAGUUGUGGGAGGACUGCACAGAAUAGACCUUCUACAAUCUUUCUUCAUGGAGGUAGCAGAGAAGAAGAUUCUUGUUGAGGCAACGCACGUGUAUGAUAAUGCUGCAGAGGCCUGUAGUACAAAUGAGAAUGUGUAUUCACCCCAUUGUGGUUCCCCUAGCCCUGUAACUAUGCUCUUAGAUUAUGAGGAGGACAUGGAAGCUUCACCGCCUUACUUUGAUGGCACCCUUACCACUCAUAGCGGAUUCAAGCUCCCUGACCUUGACUCAGGUGACACGUUCUCAGUCAUCUCUGAGCUCAGUACUUUUGAGAACAAGUUGAACAACAAAGUCCCUUUACAUACGAGGCCCAAACCUAGUGUCACAUUUGACUUCAGAAAGCACAAUUUCAACCCCUAUAUGGAUUCUAGCCAUCGGCGGUCUCUUACCUCCAAUGUCACCUGGCCUCCCUGUGGGGACGGGGUGUACGAUCCAUCUGACUAUGCUGAGCCUAUGGAUGCUGUUUCCAAGCCUCGGCCCAGCCAUGAGGAGAACAUAUACUCGGUACCACAUGACAGCACGCAGGGUAAGAUCAUCACCAUACGCAACUCCAACAGAAUGCAUUCAAAUGGAGGUGUGAAUGGCUCGGAUAGCGAGGGGGACGGCAGCUCUUUGGAGCGGCGCAGGAAGUUCUCUUCUGCAGGAGUAAAACCACGCUUGUACCGUGAUCGAUCCAAGCGCCUCGGCAAGUUCAGCAGCUUCCGGACCAGUUUCUCCAUUGGCAGCGAUGAUGAGUUUGGUGGUCUUCCGAAGACAAAGGAGGAGGAUGUGACUGUUUUGAAAGGAGAAUCGCUGAUUGAGGAAGGGGAUGAUAAGAAAAGGAACAUUCUGAGGAGCCUACGUCGUCCAGGCAAAAAAACCAGACUAAAGCCUCGACACUCAAUCUCCAAACCUCUGGAGAGUACUUACUUUGGAGUGCCAUUAGUUAACGUUGUGUCACUUGACCGACCCAUCCCAGUGUUCAUCGACAAAUGUAUCCGCUUCAUUGAGGCGACAGGAUUGACUACGGAGGGUCUAUAUAGAGUGAGUGGAAACAAGUCCGAAAUGGAAAGCAUGCAGCGACAGUUUGAGCAGGACCACAGCCUGGACUUGGUCGAGAAGGACUUUCCGGUGAACACCGUAGCUGGAGCUUUAAAGAGCUUUUUUUCUGAACUGCCUGAUCCAUUGGUCCCAUACAAUCUACAAGUGGAGCUGGUGGAAGCAUUCAAGAUAAAUGACCGAGAGCAGAGACUGCAGACCAUGAAGGAAGUACUGAGGAGAUUUCCUCGUGAGAAUUAUGAAGUUUUCAAACAUGUCAUGGGCCACCUGAACAAGGUUAGCCAGUGGAACAGAGUCAAUCUGAUGACCAGUGAGAACCUGUCCAUCUGCUUCUGGCCCACACUCAUGCGACCCGACUUCACCACCAUGGACGCUCUCACGGCCACACGCACCUACCAGACCAUCAUCGAGACGUUCAUUCAUCAGUGCGCUUUUUUCUUCUACAACCAAGCACCCGCAGAUUCUCCUACAGGCCUCUACGGCACUCCGGUGCCCUCUGCUCUGCCCCCUUCGCCCAGCGCCGCCCCCCCAUGCACCCCUCCACCUCCGCACUUCAGCCCGGCGCUGCACUCGCCCCCCAGCUCGCCCCCUCAGAGCCCCCUCACCGUCCCUGCAGAGACGCACACACUGUGAGACAGGAAAACACACAAAGCUAAAAGGUUGCUCUUACAUACGCGUACGGUAUAUGCUGCAGUCUUUCCAUAGACACUUCCUCAACUUACUGUAAACACGAUUACACAUGAGAUGUGUGCAUAUUUAAAUUUGCAUGUAGCGACUGGAUUCAGUGCUGUCUGAGUUUGUGAAUGAUCAUUGGAAACCGUAGCGUGCUCAUGAUGCACAUGGGGACACACAGUCCUCCUGUCUCAGUGUGGGGGACCAGAACUUCUUAAUCCAAGUCCAUGUUCUGCACUUUAGCAGACUUCUAAGUGUGCAGUUUUCCUGUUCUUGUCUUGUCCCUCCGUUGUUGUUGGGUUUUUUUUAAUUAUUUUUAAAUUAACUGUCUUACUCUCUCGCUUAACUCCAUUCAUCCCUCCUUUCCUGAUCUCAGACUGUUGCUGAUUUUUUUUUUCUUUUUUCAGCCACACGUGAAGGAAACACAGUAGGGAGACGCACUACAAACAGAAAUCCAUCCAAGCACUUAUUUGAACGUUCUGAAGAAGUAAAACAGACACUUUGAGACAGUGCUGAUUUAAAAAAAAAAAAAGUGAGUGAGUGAGAAAGAAGAGAAAUAGAAUUACUAUUGCUGCAUGCUUAUUUGCAAAGACAAACUUUUUUUUCCAGUGUUGAUUUAAUCUACCCUGAUCCCUUGUUAAAAGACAGCAUGGAUUUGAAAAAAAAAAAGACAAAACAUUCAAAAUGUCAUGUAUGAAAGUUUUGAUUCUUGUUUUCUUCUCGCUGUGAUAUGAAGCUUUGACGGUUUUGCUUUUACUGGUUCCUGUGGAUCUGUGCUCUUUUUAUGAGAUUUGAUGGGAUGAAUCUGGAACUCCAGACGGUUUGAUCGCUCCGAGACUUUUAAUGACUUUGAGCUUUGACAUUUAUAACCUCUGAACCUUUAACCUUUUAGGUAAGGAUGAUCCCAGAAACCUCCCACCCUUAAAAAAACAAACAAACAAAAAAAAACCAAGCGCGCGUGCACACACACACACACACACACGCCUUCUUUGGACGUCCCCUGUUUUUGUGACUUACUAAUACAAAGCACUUUUUUUGCCCCUUUUAUUUAGGCCUGAUUUUGUGAAGAGUAACACUGAAUUGCAUUUGGUGUAGCCUGUGUCGGGGAAAGUUUCUGAUCCUCCUGAAGCAUCUGUUCAUCUCUGUACUGGAUUUUCCUUGUAUGUCUGUGACAUUAUGACUAAACUGCAAUUAAUGUAGACAUAAACUGCUCAUGUUAUCAUUUCAGUGCAGUCUCCAUGCACUCAGUUCUGCGCAGCAUUCCUGUUGUCUGCUGCUUCGGUUCUCUGACUCGUCUUGGUGCUUUCUAUCAAACCAUAAGGUGUAUAAGGUUAUAUGAGGUGUGUCGACUGGAAGUGACUUAAAAUAUGAAGCCUUUCUGAAACAGAAGAAAUUUGUAAUUUUCUCGCUAAUUUGAAAUGAGCUAAUUUCCUGUUUUGGUAGGUUACGAGUGGUGAGCUGGAUUUAAAUACAGUAGUUAUUUCAUAGGUGGUAUGGUGGUGUAGUGGUUAGCACUGUUGUCUCACAGCAAGAAGGUUCUGGGUUCGAGCCCAGCGGCCGACAGGGGUCUUUCUGUGUGGAGUUUGCAUGUUCUCCCCAUGUCCGCGUGGGUUUCCUCAGGGUGCUCCGGUUUCCCCCACAGUCCAAAGGCAUGCAGGUUAGGCUAAUUGGUGGCUCUAAAUUGACCGUAGGUGUGAAUGUGAGUGUGAAUGGUUGUUUGUUUCUAUGUAUCAGCCCUGCGAUGAUCUGGCGACUUGUCCAGGGUGUACCCUGCCUCUCGCCCACAGUCAGCUGGGACAGGCUCUAGCUCGCCUGCGACUCUGCACAGGAUAAGCAGUUAUGGAUAAUGGAUAGUUGUUUCAUAGAAGUAGAAAGGACUGGGAUCUCACAAGACUCAAGAUAUGUAGAAAAAAGCCCACGUCCAUUAAUAUUAGCAUUUAAAUGACUGACUAGUUUGUUUGUAAAAUAGAACUGAAGAAGUUGAUCAGAUUUGCUUCUUAGUUCUCCUUACUUGUUGGCUGCCCACCCAAACCUAUGGUAACUUGCAUAUGCUAAACCUACUUUUUCAAACCGAUUCAAGGAUUCUGUUUUUAUUGUAUCUUGGAAAAAUUUGGUACCGAGUGACUAA